AGUAGUAGCUGUUACCUUGAGUGGGUAUUCUUAGAUGCAGGAAACUGCAGAUUUGAUGAGAAUGUUCUGUUUUAGAUGUUUUACCAGCACUAUAAUAAACACUGCGAGUUAGUAACUGAAGAAAGCCUGAGAGAGAACUGGGAAUGAAAACUGAAUGAAAACGGAAUGACUAUAUCUUUGAUUUCCUAUAAUGUCACCAACGUUGCUCAGAAAUCCCUUUGUCCUGGCAAAAAAGAGGAUGUGCCAGUAGGAGUAGCUGUGUGGAAAAACCCGGUACAAACGUACUUAACAACUUAGCUCCUGGUGCUGCUCAGACUUAACAUCUUCAACAUAAAAUCAAACACAACUGCCUCAGUGACUCGUGGACAAGAGAAAGGACAUGAAAGACAAAGCCCACAAUGGCAGAGAUUUUUGUGAAAGAUUUGGUUGAACACUUCACGACUCUUAAAUGCUGAAAGCAGAAGGCCCUAGUUGGUGCAGCUCAAUUUGGAGCAAAAAAUUAUUUUAAACUUCAAAAAUAAUUAUGUCAAAGAAAGGUCGUGCCAAGGGAGAUAAGCCUGACAUGGAUACUGAAGCUCUGCAAGCUGCUAAUGAGGAGCUACGAACUAAACUAACCAACAUUCAGAUAGAAUUUCAGCAAGAAAAAAGCAAGGUGGGUAAAUUGAGGGAGAAAAUCCAAGAGGUUAAGCAAGAAAGGGAGCAGGAACAGCACAAGCAUACAGCCUACAUUUCUGAACUGAAAGCUAAGCUCCAUGAGGAGAAAAUGAAGGAGCUUCAGAGUGUCAGAGAGCUGCUGAUCCGACAGCAUGAGCAGGAAGUAGCGAGAAUGGUGAAAAUUAAAGACAGUGAAAUUCAGCGUUUGCAGUCAACAGUGAAUGUGCUGCGGGACGGGGCAGCCGACAAGGUGAAGACUGCGCUGCUGAGUGAGGCGAAGGAGGAGGCCCGCAAAGUGUUUGACAGCGAACGAAUGAAGUUGCAACAGGAGAUCUUGGAGCUAAAAUCUGGUAAAAAGCAGCUUGAAGAAGCUUUGAACAACAUCAUGCAGGCGGAUAAAAUGAAGGCUGCUGACCUGCGCAUGGCUUACCAAUCCCACCAGGAUGAGAUUAAUAGAAUAAAGCGUGAAUGUGAGAGGGAUAUCCGUAGGCUGAUGGAUGAGAUCAAAGGCAAAGAUAGAGUGAUUCUGGCUCUGGAGAAAGACCUUGGCAUUCAGGCAGGACAUACACAGAAACUCCUCCUUCAGAAAGAAGCUUUGGAUGAGCAGCUUGUCCAAGUGAAGGAGGCAGAGCGGUACCACAGCAGCCCCAAGAGAGAACUUCCUGCAGGAGUGGGGGACAUCACCGAGUUGAUGGGAAGCCCGGAGCAGCAUUUGGAUGAACGAGAUGUGAGGAGAUUUCAGCUGAAAAUCGCUGAACUGAAUGCUAUGAUAAGGAAGCUGGAAGACAGAAAUACUCUCUUAGCAGAUGAAAGAAAUGAACUGCUGAAACGUUCUCGGGAGACAGAAAGUCAGCUAAAGCCUUUGGUUGAAAAAAAUAAGAGGAUGAGCAAAAAAAAUGAUGAUAUGAUGCAGUGCAUCCAGAGAAUGGAAGAAAAAAUAAAAAACCUAUCAAGGGAAAAUGUAGAAUUGAAAGAAAAAUUAUCUGCACAACCAGUGCUGAAGAGGCACACAUCUUUAAACGAUCUUAGCAGCACACGGGAUGAACAAGAAAUUGAAUUUCUUCGACUGCAAGUCAAAGAAAAGCAGCAUGUUAUUGAUGAUCUCACAGUGGAAAGGGAACGGCUAUUGCGAUCGAAGAAACAGAAGAAGAAAAUUCUGAAACCUCAAAAGAGGCAUGUUGUGGAGACAUUUUUUGGAUUUGAUGAAGAAUCCUUAGACUCAGAAACAUCAUCUGUAACUUCAUAUAACACAGAUAAAACAGACAGGACACCAGCCACACCAGAGGAAGAUUUGGAAGAUAGCACACCUAAAGAAGAAGCUGAACUAAGAUUCUGCCAGCUAACAAGAGAAUAUCAAGCUUUGCAAAGAGCAUAUGCAUUGCUUCAAGAACAAGUUGGUGGAACCCUGGAUGCAGAGAGAGAAGCAAGGACUCGUGAACAACUGCAAGCUGAUCUUCUCCGAUGUCAGGCAAAAAUUGAGGACCUGGAGAAAGCACUAAUUGAGAAAGGCCAGGAUUCAAAAUGGGUUGAAGAGAAGCAGUUGCUAAUCAGAACAAAUCAGGAGUUACUAGAGAAGAUUUACAGAAUGGAGCAAGAAGAGCAGCAGCUGAAGAACGAGAUGCAAGAUGCAAAAGACCAGAAUGAGCUGUUAGAAUUCAGAGUGCUAGAGCUUGAAGAGAGAGAACGAAGGUCGCCAGCAUUUAAUCUUCACUUAACCACCUUCCCUGAAAACAAUGGAAGCGCGCUGCAACUGUUCUGUCAGCAUGAAGGAAUAAAGGAUGUGAAUAUAUCAGAACUCAUGAAGAAACUAGAUAUUCUUGGAGAUAAUGGGAAUUUGAGAAAUGAAGAACAGGUUGCAAUAAUCCAAGCUGGGACUGUACUUUCUCUCUGUGAAAAGUGGUUAAAACAGAUAGAGGGAACAGAAGCUGCGCUGACACAGAAGAUGUUAGACCUGGAGAAUGAGAAGGACCUGUUCAGUAAACAGAAGGGUUAUUUAGAGGAAGAACUCGACUACAGAAAACAAGCACUGGACCAGGCAUACAUGAAAAUCCAGGAGCUGGAAGCCACGCUGUAUAAUGCCCUGCAGCAGGACACGGGAAGGCGGGCGAGCGAAUCGCUGACUGAAGCCCAGAGGGAGGAUUUGCGGGCUGCUGUGGAGAAGGUGCGGCGGCAGAUCCUGAGGCAGAGUCGUGAGUUUGACAGCCAGAUCUUGCACGAGCGAAUGGAGCUUCUUCAGCAGGCCCAGCAGAGGAUUCGAGAACUAGAAGAUAAAAUAGAACUUCAAAAAAGGCAACUCAAAGAAAUUGAGGAAAAGCAUUCAUUCUGUGGCCUUGAUGACACAACUGAGCCAAGACAUGUGGUUAUUAAAAGAACCUAUGGAGUGAACAGCUGAGUCCACAUGCAAAAAUAUAGAAAACAUUUAUUGAGCAGCU